AUGGCGGCGGCGGGGCCGUGGCCGGAGCUGGAGGCGGCGGCGCGGGAGCGGCGGCGGGAGCUGUGCCUGCCGGGCGCGGCGGUGGCCGAGCGGGUGGCGGCGGGCGGGGGGCGGCUGCCGGCGGCGCUGCUGGCGCUGCCGCUGCUGCAGUCGCUGGAGCUGAGCGGCUGCGCGGCCCUGCGGGAGCUCGGCCCGGGCGUGGCGGCCGCGCUGCCCGCGCUGCACACGCUGGUGCUGCGGCAGAACGCGCUGGGCCCGGCCGGGCUGGGCGAGGGGCUGGGCGGGCCCCUGCCCGCGCUCCGCCUGCUCGACCUGUCCGGGAACGGGCUGGAGGCGCUGCCGGCCGCGCUCGGCGGCGCCGGGGACGGCGCGGGGGACGCGGCCCCGGCGUUCCCGCAGCUGCGCGGCCUCAACCUGAGCGGGAACCGGCUGCGGGAGCUCGGCCCGGGGCUCGCCCGCGCCGCCCCGCAGCUCCAGGAGCUGCUGCUCUCCGGGAACCGCCUGCGGGCGCUGCCCGGGGGGCUCCUGCCCCCGGCGGGCCCCGCCGCGCCCUUCCCGCUGCUCAGCCGGCUGGACGCGGCCGACAACGAGGUGGCGGAGCUGGGCCCGGACAUCGCGGCCCUGCCGGCGCUCAAGAGCCUGGACGUGGCCAACAACCAGCUGCGGGAGCUGCCCUCGGCGCUGGCCGACUGCCCCCGGCUGAAGGAGGCCAACUUCAGGGGCAACCCGCUGCGGGACAAGCGGCUGGAGAAGAUGGUCAACGGGUGCCAGACGAAGGCCAUCCUGGAGUACCUGCGGGCCGGGGGCCGCGGGAAGGGGAAGGCCGAGAGCGCCAGGGAGGAGGUCAGGAAGAAGAAGAGGGAGAAGCAGCAGAAGAAGGACGGUGGGGAUGGGGAGCAGGACGAGGUGGAGGAGGCGAGCAGGCUGCUGGUGAAGGUUCUGCACGUCUCAGAGAACCCGGCGCCCUUGGUGGUCAAAGUGAGCCCGGGCGUCAAAGAUGUUCGGCCCUUCAUCGUGUGCUGCGUGCUGAAGGGAGUGAACCUAAAGCCGGGAAACGCCCUCAAGAGGUUCCUGUCAAUGCAGACUAAGCUGCACGAGGACAUCUGUGAGAGGCGCACAGUGGCCACCAUUGCCACCCACGAUUUGCAGCUGGUCAAAGCUCCUCUGACUUAUGACGUUCAGCCUCCUGACGAGCUGAAGAUAAUGCCCCUGGGUCGGAAGGAGAUCAAGGCAAAGGACCUUCUCCGGCAGCUGCAUUUGGAGGCUGAGGAGCAGCGGAAGCAGAAGAAGCGUCAGAAUGUCUCUGGGCUGCACAGGUACCUGCAGUUGCUGGAUGGCAAAGACAACUACCCGUGCCUGGUGGAUGCUGAGGGCGCUGUGAUUUCCUUCCCACCAAUAACCAAUAGUGAGAAAACAAAGAUUAGAAAAGAGACCCGUGACCUGUUCCUGGAGGUGACGAGCAAUACCAGUUUACAGAUCUGCAAAGAUGUGAUGGACACACUCAUCCUGAAAACUGCAGAACUGAACAGGUUUGCCUUGGAGAACAAGGAAGGCUCAGGCUCGGAUACCGAGCUGGAUGCUCUCUGUGGACCAGGGAGUUUGGAGCCCGGGAACCUGCCACUGGUGUUGGAGCAGGUGCGAGUGGUGGACACGGAUGGAAACCUGAAAGUACUUUAUCCUUCUAAAACUGACCUGGCCACGGUGUCCUCUCUGCUGACUGUGAUCCGUUAGCAGCUGUCCCAGCUGAGGAGAGGACUCCCUUUGCUUUUUGGUUUUUCCCCGUGUUCAACAGCCCAUACACAGUGAGGAGGUUUGGGUUUCUACAGAGAAGAUGCAGAGCAUCCUGCUGGGGAGGCAACAGCUUCAGAGUUUGAGGAGCUACAGCAAAGAGAAUGAAAUCUUUCAGCCUUAGCAGAGACUGUUGGUUUUGGGACAGGGCAGAGAGAGCAGCGUCUUCAAACGUGGACUUAUGGCAGAGGAGGUGUCAGACAUCAGAGCACAGCAACUUGUAGAGAAAACCAUCGUGAUAUUUGAAACAAAUGCAGCCACAAUUUUCUGCAAGAUCCCUUUUUCUUCCUGGUGUGUUUCGUCUGGAUCGUUAUUUUGGCAGCAGAGAAAUGCAGCAGGUGACAGUGUGGAAUGGAGGUCCUGUGCUGGGCACAGUUCAGGAUCAGAAUGCCAAACCACUUUGCUGACAUCUCGUUCUGCAUAGUUCUGGUUUUAUCUGGAGUUACUGUGAACACAGUUCCUGUCAGAAACAUUUAAUUGCUGUCAGAACUUGUGGGAUGAGUUUUAAAGUGACAUUUUCUGUGUUCAGGCAUGAACAGAGCUCCCAUUUUUAAGUGGUCAUUUGAAAUGUCUGCAGGGUUUGUGUGUCCCAGAGUAUUUCAGAGCCAUCCUGCGUCCCUGUGGAAAUGGCAGUGACCGUCUGUGUGGCUGGUGAUUUACUGUGAUAGAGCAUGGGCUUUGUUCAUGCUGAUGAGGUUCAGGUCUGUUCAGAGGGCUCUUGCUGCCUCACACUGGCACUGCUGAAGCUCCCUGUCCCCCCAGAAUACAGACACUUGUGCCAGAGUGACCCUCCUGGGGCUUUCUGUCCCACCCCACAUGGAGAGUGUUGGGGACACUUCCCAAAAUACAGGCAGUUGGGGCAGUUCUCAGUUGGGCAGUCUGUAGGUGACCUCUACACCCAGGUGACCACUGGUGUGAACUUGCAGCUCUCCCUUAGCCAGGGUGACUUCCAAAUAGACCCUUUUCUGUUAAAAAUGAUACUCUCGGAGCCCUAACUGAACUGAUACUCUCUCAAAUACAUCCCUGUGCUGGGACUUGCAUAUGGAAUGGAAAAAUAAAACAGUACUUGCAGUCAUGGCACUGUCACUCA